AUGGAUCCAGUACCCUGGUUCUCUCCCCCCGCAGUCUCUCUCCCGCCCCCCAAGACGCUGCAGGAGGUUCAGGUCCAGCUGAUCGACACUGCAGCCUGCAACGCCCUCUACAACAUCGACCCGGCCCCGAACAUCGGCAGGGACCCCGUCAAACCCGACAUGAUCUGUGCCGGCUACGCCGAAGGGCAGAGGGACUCCUGCCAGGGUGACUCUGGGGGGCCUCUGGCCUGUGACCACAAUGGGACCUGGUUCCUGAUGGGGGUUGUGAGUUGGGGGGACGGCUGUGGCCAACCCAAUCGUCCCGGUGUCUAUGUCUGGACAGUGGCCUACGGUGAAUGGAUAUGGGGGCACGUGGUGUCCGGGGGCCAAGCCACAUCCAUGGAGAACAGCACCUACACGCUUCUCUUCACCACUCUCCUGAUGUCACUGUGA